CGGCACGCCGAGUCCCAAGGCGAGCUGGGAACGUCAUGGCUGCGUGGGCCGAACGGCUGGCCGGCGUACGCGGGGUGCUGCUCGACAUCUCGGGCGUGCUGUACGACAGCGGCGCGGGUGGCGGCACGCCGAUCUCUGGCUCGGUGGAGGCGGUGGCGAGACUGAAGCAGUCCCGGCUGAAGGUGAGAUUCUGUACCAACGAGUCCCAGAAGUCCCGGGCGGAGCUGGUGGCGGUGCUUCGGCGACUGGGAUUUGACAUCUCCGAGGGAGAGGUGACCGCCCCGGCCCCAGCCGCCUGCCAGAUCCUGAAGGAGCGAGGCCUUCGGCCCCACCUGCUCAUCCACGACGGAGUCCGCUCAGAAUUUGAUCACAUCGACACAUCCAACCCUAACUGUGUUGUGAUUGCGGAUGCUGGCGAAGGCUUUUCUUAUCAGAACAUGAACACGGCCUUCCGGGUGCUCAUGGAGCUGGAAAACCCAGUGCUCAUAUCCCUGGGGAAAGGGCGCUACUACAAGGAGACCUCGGGCCUGAUGCUAGACGUCGGAGCCUACAUGAAGGCGCUCGAGUACGCGUGCGGCGUGGAGGCCGAGGUGGUGGGGAAGCCGUCCCCCGAGUUCUUCAACGCCGCCCUGCAAGCCAUGGGUGUGGAGGCCGGCCAGGCCGUCAUGAUCGGGGACGACAUCGUGGGCGACGUCGGCGGCGCGCAGCGGUGCGGGAUGCGGGCCCUGCAGGUGCGGACCGGGAAGUUCAGGCCCGGUGACGAGCACCAUCCCCACGUGAAGGCGGACGGGUACGUGGACAACCUCGCCGAAGCCGUGGAGCUGCUGCUACAGCACGCAGACCAGUGACGGCCCUGGGGGGGCCCGGCGCGGGCUGGUGACCCUGGCUCUGGGCCACCCUGGGCCGGCGUCUGACCCUUCCCCAGCUCCCAGGCAGAGGUUUGUUCCCUCCGCCUCCUGAGGACGAAAGCCCUCUAGAGGCCCAACCCUGAAAGGCACCUCUGGGGACGUCCUCCCCGAGCCCCUAAAUUCACUCACAAACCAUCCGCACACGUAAGGGCAGUGAGGCACCUCGCCCGACGCGAGGCACAGGCGGCCACUGCCUCUUCCACUCUGCAUGCAGGGGGAGCCUGCUGGGCACUGGGCCUGCGGCCCGGGCCGAGCCUGCUUGCUAGGACUGCCCG